AUGGAUCGCAAUACCCCCCUCUCCCCAAGCCUGCCGAAAGGAGAGCCGUUACCUGUCGGCUUCAAUGAGCUUCUGCAACAUAACGCUGCCACACCGCACGAUAUGAACGCCGCCGAUUCCAUUCGAGUACAAUCGCAACCGGCUUCGAGAUAUGGAACCCCGGCGCCCCAGUUAACACAUUCGCAAAGUUUCGAUCCGUCCAUGUCAUACCAGCGUGGAGUUGCUCAGAUUGUGAGGGUUGCCAUCUACCCGCCAUGGCUCAAAAUGCUGAUUAUGUCGCAGCCUUAUGGCACACCGGCAGCGUCACCCCCUACACCUUCACGGGCGUCUGAUAUCAUGAGCAUACACGGCGGCAAUAUCGUAAUCGGGAAGGCGCUGGCACCAAGACGCGCGGGCGUGGAAAAGGCAUCGUCUAAAAAGAAGAAGAAGGAAAGAGCGAAGCCGCCGAAAAAUUUGCCAACUUUGGACAGGCCGCUGAGUGACUUGACAAAAGACUCGGCCAUUCCAAUCACCGAUAUCGAGACGUACGUGAACCGAGACGCCACCGCACGGCAAGACGAGGUCACCCAGUGCAGGAAGAACCCCGGCAAGGUCAAAAGGCCCAUGAACGCCUUCAUGCUGUAUCGCAAGGCCUAUCAGCAACGUGCCAAAGAAUGGGCGUCUCAACACAACCAUCAAAUCGUCUCACGGGUCUGCGGUUCCAGCUGGCCACUUGAGCCCGAGCAUAUCCGACAGCAGUUCAAAGCCUGGGCCGACCUCGAACGUGACAACCACCAAAAAGCGCACCCGAACUACAAGUUCACGCCGUCCAAACCUCACAAGCCAGCAAAGUACGACGAAAACUUCGACGCCCACAGUGAAGCCUCGGACUUGGACGAGUAUGGCGACUGGCAACACGCGGCGGCCCGGAUGCGGUCUGCUACCAACACGCCCAACGACGACGGGGACUACAUUCCAAGUCGCUCCGUCUAUGCCGCAACCCAUCACCCUCUGAUGGGAUUGCACGGGCUAGGGCCUCAUCACCAGAACCGAUCGGCCUUUGAAUUUUCCAACCCGGGGAAACCAAUGCCGUCCGCAUACGACACUCGAGGGUUAACGAACACCUUUUACGAGAGCCACAUCCAGAACACCCAAAGGAGCCACUUGCACCCAGGUAUGAUAGAGGAUGUUCUGAUGCGCAAGACGCCAUCGCCGAGUAUGGCAUUCCAACAACACACCCACGGAUUGCCCUCGCAUUACGAGUUGAAUCAAUACCACCACCCACAACACACACGCCCUUCUCACGAGCAACAAGCUCAUUCACAAUCCCAGUCACAAGGUCAUUCCCAACCCCAGCCCCCCCGCUUUGAGCACCGUAUCGAUCCGUCGUUGAUGUCUCACGAGGAGCUCUUCAACGGAACAAAUAACCUCAACAACAUCAACAAUUCCAUAUCCAACCUCUUCGACGGCACCGGGCUCGCCGGCACCAACAAUUCGCAGCAUGGUUGGCAAACAGGCCAGCUGACAUCCAACAACAACCCAGAGAACCAGUUCUCCCACUUCAACCUAGGGCUCGACAACACACUUUCGGUUGAGCAGCACAGCCAGUUUCUCGGGGGGGCAGACGAGUGGCGGAUGGAGCCUUUGUCAGAAGGGGCGCACUUUGAGGCCAACUGGGCCGAAACCAAGGCUGAUCAAUAG